UUCAUGUCCCCCCUCCAAACUAUUUUUGCCUCUUUUUUUCACCAUCUCCUUUUUUAAUGAGCAAAAAAGAAAGAAAAAAAAAAGAGAUUUUGUUUUUCCCACUUUUUUACCUUCUUCCUCAAUCAUCCAUUCCCCUGUACAGGAAACACUCAUCAUUGCUCCCAACAAUCUUUUUCAAACCUGAGCUUCCAAGAUUUUCGAUAUUUUCUCUCUCACUUCUUUCCAAUUUUUUCCCAUACUAUAAAUACCACACUCUUCCACUACUUCUUUCUCCUCCUCACUCUUUCAUCCCCUGUUUUUUUCUUUUUUCUUCUUCCUAUGAUGGAUCCUUCUUCGGCGAACUCGGUCAAUGGCUUCUACAACUUCCUCACACGAGGAAUCGAGGAUCUCGAACGCGUGUUUUCGUCUAGCAACUUCAUGUCGAUUCACUUCCUGCAAAGAGUUUUGUCCCUCUUGAGAUCUUCCCAUAAUCAGCUCACACUUUUGGUUCAGAAACUCCAUUUGCCAGUUGGAGAAAAAUGGCUCGACGAGUACAUGGACGAAAGCUCCAAGCUUUGGGAAGUUUGCCAAAUUCUCAAAACCGGGAUCUCGGGCUUGGAGAAUUACUACUCGUCCGGCCUCAAUAUUAUCUCCUCUUUCGAUAGCCAUCGCCAUUUAAGCCCGCAGCUCUCUCGUCAGGUAAUUCGGGCUAUAUCGGUGUGCAGAAGAGAGGCGGUGGGAUUGGAGGAGGAAAACAGGUCGUUAAUGGAGACAAGAACAGAGCCACUAUCUUUGAAAUUGGACGAAAAAAUCUGCGCAGAAUCGAAGCUGAAUGGAUUCAAUGGUUUUAGAGGAGUUCUUUAUGCAAUGAGAAAUGUGAGUUCACUUCUGCUGACGAUUCUGCUAUACGGGUCGGUUUACUAUUGGCCCGAAUCGAAUACGGGUCGGAGAAACGGGUACGAGGGUUCUCUGUUAUUCGGAUCAUCGUUCAUGAUCUCGACAAUGAGGCUGCAGCAGAGGGUGGAUUCCGAGAUAAACGAGACGAGGGGUGGGCCCGGCGUACUUUUGUACGAGUUUAAGAGGUCGAAGGAUUUGCUUGAUGAACUGAGGGGUGAGAUUGAAAGAAAGUGUGUAAAGGGGAGUGUGGAGUGGGAAUUAGAAGAUGGGAUUAGAGAGAGAGUGGAGAUUCUGAGGGGCUGUUUCGGAAUUUUGAGAAGUGGGAUCGAGAAUAUUGUUAUGCAGCUUGACGAUGUUUUCGACGAGAUCGUUGAUGGGAGGAAGAUGCUCUUGAAUUUCUGCAGCCAUAGGUAGAUCAAAGUCAGCUUUCAACUCAAAAAAAAAACAAAAAAAGAAAAAAAAAAAAAGGAAAAAUGUAAGUGUAGGGUAAGUAAGUUAGUAGGUGGUUUAUUGUAACUUUUGUAUUUUCUUUUACAUCUAUUUCUCUUUGUGUAUUUCAAGAAUGCAAGAGGAAAAUUUUCUUGAAAAAAAAUGCAGUAAAAAAAAAAGAGAAAAAAGAAACCAAACAUAAAAGUAGAAUUUGCUCUGUUUAUGUUUCUGUUUACCAUGAAAAGGAAGAAGUGAAAAAACAGAAUGGAAGCUUCUUUCCUGAAACAGGGGGGACAAAAAGGUCAAAUCUUGACAAUUCAUAUUUAACUUUCCUAUGUUUUAUUUAUUUAUUUAUUGCAUUGUUUUACUACAAAGUAUCUGUUGUCUGUUACUGCUUACUGCUACUUGAUUAUUUUACUAGUAACUGUUUUUGGUCAUGUAAUAUGAAUUAUUUUUGCACUCUGGGAAGCUUUUUUGUCUGAGUCAGUUUCAUUUUGACAGCAAUUGCAUUUGAUGA